CUGACAUUUUGUAUUUGUGUGUUCUUCUGUCUUCCAUGAAAAGCUGAACAAAUAUGUGAGAAAUGUUCAUUACACCGACCCCGAUGAUGGCGAGAUCUACUUCAAUGAGAGACGAGAAGUUCCCACCGAUCUUAUUUUACACAGUUGGUUUCAUUUAACCAAAACACAACCUAUCUUCAGAACGAUUUCCACCAUCCGAAGGCCAGAUUAUGUGCCGGAUCCAUUUCCCGAUAUGAGGGAUCCCGUCUUCUGGAAAACAGGAAAAGUUCCAGUAGGUCGGUGCUCAGAUCCCUGUUUACCCGGAAGCAGAAAAAAGUUUGGAUCUUCAAUUCAUAAAUGCUGCUAUGAGUGCGUCUUGUGUCCAGAAGGCGAGAUCUCCAACAUUUCCGACAGUGAAAACUGCAUGAAAUGUCCUGAUGAAGAAUGGCCAAAUGAGAAGAAGGAUCGGUGUGUUCCAAGAGUGGUGGAAUUUCUCUCCUACACUGAUGAUCCCAUUGUUGGAGUAUUUUCAGCUGUCUCCAUCCUCUGUUGUCUUCUGACUGGUUUAAUAUUGGGGAUAUUUAUACAUUACCAUGACACCCCCAUUGUUAAAGCCAAUAAUCGGGACCUGAGCUAUCUUCUCCUGGUCUCCAUCAUGCUGAGCUUCCUCUGUGUCUUCUUGUUCCUCGGCCAUCCGGUAGAUGUGACCUGCAUGCUCCGUGUCACCUCUUUUGGAGUCAACUUCUCGGUUGCUGUCUCUUCUCUACUUGCCAAAAGUAUCAUGGUGUGCAUUGCUUUUACAGCCACCAAACCUGGGAGCCCCUGGAGGAAAUGGAUGGGAGCCAAACUGGCCAAUUGUAUUAUUUGUGUCUUCUCACUGGUCCAACUCAUAAUCUGUGCCACCUGGUUGUCUAUUUCUCCCCCCUUCCAGGAUCGGGACACUCACUCUUAUCAGGGGAAGAUCAUCAUUCAGUGUAAUGAGGGUUCAGUUAUCGGCUUCUACUCUGUCCUGGGAUAUAUGGGGCUUCUGGCAGCUGUGAGCUUCAUUAUCGCUUUUUUAGCCAGGACAUUACCGGACAGUUUUAAUGAGGCCAAGUACAUCACCUUCAGCAUGCUGGUGUUCUGCAGUGUCUGGAUUGCCAUGAUCCCGGCCUAUCUGAGCACCAGAGGGAAAUACAUGGUGGCUGUGGAGGUUUUUGCUAUAAUGGCCUCAAGUUCUGGACUUCUUGGCUGUAUAUUUUUCCCAAAAUGUUACAUAAUUCUGUUCAGACCUGACCUGAAUACAAAAGCAGUUAUCCACUAAUGCCUCGUACACAUGACCGGUUUUCCCGACGAGAAAAUUGCAAUUUUUUAGAUUGG